AUGCGUGUUGGACUUAUUCUUUCACUGAUUUCAUCGUUUCAAAUAUUUCAACAAACAGUGAUAAGUGAACUUCGUUUUGUCGAUAGGAAAAGCCUCUCAUUCUCGUUGGCCAGUGCAUCAUUUUCCCUUGGUCAGUUCAUCUCGACACUAUUUCUGGCUUGUCAACCGAUCUCAGCACGGAAAGGAUUGGUGGCUGACGCAUGGCUUCUUAUUAUUGGAUCGGUUAUAGCGGCCGCACCAAGGAAAUUCUGGUCGGUGAUGUGCGUAGGUCGCUUCCUAGUCGGUUGCGGAGCUGGGCUUGGUUUUGUCUGCUCGACCCUUAUUCUCUACGACUCCAUUCCCUACUCAGCUCGUCCAUCUCAUUUUCUCGUUCUCGGUCUCUCCUUUGCCUUUGCGACUGUGGUAAUAAAUGUUACACCCCUGAUCAACAUUCCAGAUACCGGAAUCCUCAUUUUAGCAUCAGUCAUUAGCGCCUCUUGCGGGAUCAUCUACCUACUUCUUCAUCCACAUCCAGGCUUUGAUUCAGAAGGUUUACAAAUAGAAACUUAUAGAAGUCGUCCAUCCAGUUUUCCUUCAACGCUGGUUUAUGUGUUGAUGGCUCUAAACGUAGUGCGUUUUGUUGUUUCGAAAAGUUUAACAGGUAACUUAUGGCCAGAGAAUAAUCACCUGUAUCACCUUUAUCUCUCUGCUGUAGUACCGAAAUUCCUGAUAGUCGGUGGAUACUUGGUCGCUGUAUUCAUUCAGGCGACUCUUCUUCUCACAUCUUUCUAUCCAUAUCUUCCGGACGAAGUAAGAAUCUUAUCAUUUUUAAAAUUCUUCCUAGUUUCCGUUCCUUGUAACACAGCUCUCUGUCUUAUUACAGAGCAGUUUGCUUCUUCAAACGAACAAAUGACAUUCGCCAGCAGGGGUCGUUGUGUAAUGUGGAUACUAGCGACCAUAAGCACCGCUACCUUUUCAUGGACUAUGGAAAAUUAUGGUUUUCUGAUAUGUUUCGUUCCUUAUGUCGUUGUUUCUACAGCUCUUCUUUUACUUCUUAUUUGGAUCUAUCCGAAAACCGAGUUGGAGAUAAUCUAG